AUGCAGCAUAAUCAAGUUGCUCUGUUUUCUUUCCCACUCCUCUGUUUUAUGCUAAUCUUAACACUAACCACCGCCCAAAUUAUCCCCUCUAACACCACUUCUCCUCCUCCUUCUAAGCCCAAGAACGCCACUUCUCCGCCAACCAAUGCCAACGCCACCACCUACACAAUAACCAAACCUGCUAACAUAACAAAACCAGGAUGUCCAAAACAAUGUGGGAACCUUACCGUUCCAUAUCCAUUUGGAAUUGGAAUAGGUUCUGGUUGUGGAUUAAACCCGAAUUUUGAAAUCAAUUGUGAUACUACUACAACAGAUUCUCCAACACCCCUCAUAUGGAACAUGCAAGUCUACGACAUCUCGGAUGCAGAAAUGCGGAUAUCAAAUACCAUAAAUAUAAAGUGUUACUCACAAACAGGAGUUUUGGUUCAAAAUGAACCUGCUUGGAUGGGUUUAGGAAGAUCAAGUCCUUACAGUUUUUCUUCCCUAAACAGAUUCACGGUGGUUGGUUGUGAUGAUGGUGCUCUAAUGACCGCACUUAACUUCGCUAAUGGUUGCCCCACUGCCUGCAGAAGUACAAGUGAUGUAACUAAAGGAAGAUGUAUGAGUUCCGGUUGUUGCCAAAUGAUAAUACCAAAAGGCUUGAAAUAUUACAAUACAACUAUGAUCACCACGAGAAAUCAUAGUUUAUCUUGGUCGUUUAAUCCAUGUGGAUAUUCGUUUCUUGGUGAAGCUAGUCGAUUCGAGUUCCAAGGUGUAGAGGAUCUCAGUGAUGUUAAUUUUGCAAAGAAGAUUAUGGAUAAUGUCCCUAUUGUGCUAGAUUGGGCCAUUGGAAAUCUUACUUGUGUUGAAGCACGAGAAAGUAACGAUUAUGCUUGCCUCGAUAAUAGCCAGUGUGUUGAUUCUGACACUGGCAUUGGUGGCUAUCGGUGUAGCUGCAACUCGGGAUAUGAAGGCAAUCCAUAUAUAGGCUCUGGCUGCCAAGAUAUUGAUGAAUGUGCAGAUCCAAAUACCAAUUCAUGUGAACAAAUUUGCACAAACAUGCCAGGGAGUUACAAUUGUUCCUGUCCAGAAGGAUUCUCUGGUGAUGGCAGAAAGAAUGGUCGUGGUUGUAUUGCACCAAACUCUAACACUGAGUUCCCAUGGAUAAAGUUUUCUGUUGGUAUGAGUGUUGGUUUUGUAUCCCUAGUGGUUGGGACAACAUGGCUCUAUUUCAGCAUCAAGAAAAGAAAACUCAUUAAACUUCGCGAGAAAUUCUUCCAACAAAAUGGUGGUUUGCUCUUGAAACAACGUAUCUCUUCUAACGAGGGUGGUGUGGAAGCAACAAAAAUUUUUACAGCCGCGGAGCUGAAGAAGGCUACAAACAACUAUGCUACUGAUAGAAUUCUUGGUCGUGGUGGAAAUGGAAUUGUCUAUAAAGGUAUUCUACCUGAUAACCGCAUAGUUGCUAUUAAGAAAUCUAAGUUUAUGGACGAGGAACAAAUUGAACAGUUCAUCAAUGAGGUACUUAUUCUUACUCAAGUCAACCAUCGAAAUGUCGUGAGACUCUUUGGAUGUUGUUUGGAAGCUGAAGUUCCUUUACUUGUCUACGAAUACAUUUCUCAUGGAACUCUUUACGAGCAUAUCCACAAUCGAAAUGGAGCACCUUGGUUAUCUUGGGAAAAUCGGCUAAGAGUUGCUAGUGAGACAGCAAGUGCACUUGCUUACCUUCAUUCAUCUGCACAAAUGCCAAUAAUCCAUAGAGAUGUCAAGUCAGCCAAUUUAUUAUUGGAUGAUGUUUACACCGCGAAAGUGGCAGAUUUUGGUGCUUCAAGGUUAAUCCCUAUUGAUCAAACACAUCUUGCUACAAUGGUUCAAGGGACAUUAGGAUACCUAGAUCCUGAAUAUUUUCGCACAAGUCAAUUGACUGAGAAAAGUGAUGUUUAUAGUUUUGGAGUAGUUCUUGCCGAACUUUUGACAGGGAUGAAACCUAUUUCGAGGGAUAGAAAUGACGUGGACAAGAAUUUGGCAGAGUAUUUUGUUUUGUCCAUGAGAAAGAAUCAAUUGUUUCAAAUUCUUGAUCGCAAAGUGGUAAGAGAAGGAAGCCUUGAGCAACUCCAAAAAGUGGCUGAGCUAGUGAAGAGUUGCCUUAGUUUGCACGGUGAAGAUAGGCCUACGAUGAAAGAAGUAGCAAUGGAACUUGAAAAUUUAAGAAAGUUCACAAAAAAUAACCCUUGGGCUAAUGAACUUGGACAUGAAGAGAACGAAGAUGAAUUAUCAGAUCUUUAUACCAUUCCAAUUGACUCUAAUGCAGGCAUCGACAAUUUCUCUGGACAAUAUAGUUUCAAUUCCAAUACAAAUAGCAGCAACUUUUCUGGACAAUAUAGUUCGGGUAGUACUUCUAACACAAAUAGCCCAUUGAUCCAAAACAGAAGGGUAAUUUGA